GGUAUUCUCCGCCGUAAUCAGCGCACACAACCUUGCCGUAUUUACCCGACAGGCAGAAACAGACAAGAAUGGCCAGCGAUCCUGUCUCUUCCUCGUCUUCGUCCUCAUCCUCGUCCACACCCUCCGCCACCACUGCAGUCGCCGUCCCGAAGCAGCGCGGCCUUGAGGAUGCUGUGUCCCAAACUCCUGGAAGGAUACGACUGGACGAUGCUUCCCAUGACGCAGAAAUCGUCCCUGAAGCACCGUGCACACAUCAAGCGGCCCAUGAACGCCUUUAUGGUGUGGGCCCAAGCGGCGAGGCGGCGGCUGGCGGACCAGUACCCACAGCUACACAACGCCGAGCUCUCCAAGACGCUGGGGAAGGUGUGGAGAGUGCUGAGCGAGGAGGAGAAGCAGCCGUUCGUGGAGGAGGCAGAGAGACUUAGGACACAACACAAGAAGGACCAUCCUGACUACAAGUACCAGCCGCGCCCGCCGCAAACCCCCGAAGACACUGACCAGUCUGAUGGAGGGGGAGCCAGGCCCGCCCUCACUCCCUUACCGCGUGCAAAGCGGCCUGGUGGGCGGGGGGCGGAGGCUACUGUGCGGGAGUGGGUAUGGGCGUGACGCUGCCCGCCGCCCACGCUGCCCCACCCACACCACCCAAGACCCCGCAGCACCAGCUCACUGCCAGG